AUUAUUUAAUCGCGUACGUGAGUGAUAUUACAGUUAACAACAAAUUUCGUAAAUAAGACAGUGAGGAUUAAUUAAGUGAAGGAACUUCGAAGUACACUGCUCCUUAAUUUUAAAAAGAAAUCAGAAUGUCACUGGUAGCUUAUGAUGGUAGCAGCGAUAGCGAUUUAAGUGAUUCCGAACACACUACAACAGAAAAAGCUAAUAAAACUUUAAGAACUCCUGCCAGUACAUCCAUCUUAGACGAUGAGAUCAUUGAUUCGGAUGAAGAGGCUAAUAGAGAGUCGACUAUUGGCGUUAACAAUGAAAUUCAGAAUAAUAUAAUGAGCGUCCUCCCUAAACCAUCAUCUCAAAAGAACUAUAAUGAACAAGACGAACUUGAGGACAUCGUAAAGCCAAAAACUGCACAAACAUCUAAUGCACCAAAACCGCCUUCUAAAAAAAGAAAAAUAGUUGUAGACUUUUCCGCCCUCAAUAAAGACGAUUCAGAUGACGAAGAUCAACCAAAAGGAAAGAUUGAAGUAACGAAAAAAAGCACAUUAUUGUCAAUGUUGCCAUCAGCAAGAGGCUCUGGCUCAGGUCAACAAAAAUUGAUGGUUCCCCAUAAAGUUUCUAAUAAAAGUCAAAAACCUACUGCUAAAAAUAUUUCAAAAUUGUCAAUGAAAAAGACAGCUGAUAGUGACAAUGAAGACGCAGACGAUGGAGAAAUUGGAUCAUCUUUCUUUUCAUUUCAUGAUAAAACUACAGAACUUCCCGCUACGACUAAGUUUGAAUCGGCUUUUAUGGGCCCCAGUUGGGCUCAAACAAAACUGGAGGAGCCUCCACUACGUGAGCCAACACCUGAACUUGAAAUAGGACCCUCAAAGCCGACACAGAACGAAACUGUAAACUUUGCUUACCCUGAGGUGGACGAUCUAAUACACACUGAGGAAAUGAAAAAAAUACAAGGGAAAAAAUCUAGCAUAAAGGACGAAAUCAAUUUCAUAAAAGUUGAUACUGAUGCAUUCAUUGGAGAUGCUAGAGCAAAUGUCAUGAAAAAUUUGACGAGUGAUGAAGAUUUAGCGUUAAUGGACGAAGUUUCAAAGAUGAAAGCACCUUCCGGAAAUGCAAAAAGAAAGCAUCAAAUAACAUAUUUAGCUCAUCAGGCUAAAGUUCGAGAAUUAGAACUUAAAAAUCAAUGGGCAGCAAGCAAGAUGAACCGUCAGGCAAGCCGCAAUAAAUAUGGAUUUUAA